AUGCUGUCCACGCUCGCGAAGGUCGCGUCCCUCAGCGUCGGCCCGUUCGCUUCCACGCCCCCGCCCUCCCCACCUCGCGGCCGCGGCGCGUCGCGCGCGUCGAUCGCGUCGCGCGCGAUGGCGAGCGAAAACGACGCGAGCGCCUCCGACGCGAUGAAGAAGAAGAAAACCAAUGAUGUCGUCAACCCGCACGACACGAUCCGAUGCUUGAACGACCAAGGGCGCGAGGUCGAGCUCGCGACGACGGAGACGCUCGCGUCGCUGACGGACGCGCUCUUGGUGGACGUGCGAUCGCCGCCGGAGAUCGAGGAGCGCGAUAUGGCAACCCCGGACGCGCUGAACGUGUGGUGGAACAAGCAGGAAGGGGGGUUCCAUCACCCAGAGCUGCUGGAAGGCGUGCCUAAAGAUCGACCGAUCGUGACCAACUGCGGGAGCGGCGGCAGAGCGGGGCUCGCGAAGAAGUAUCUGGAGGAGGAGAUGGGAUUCACGCGCGUGUACAACGGCGGCGGGCCGGAGCGCGUCCGCGACGCGGUCGCGAAGAAGCCGUGAUGAGCGACGACGACGACGACGACGACGACGACGGUUGGAAAAACAGAAACGCCGGGUUGGGGGUGCCGAGCGGAUCGACGCGUCGAUCGCGAUCGCCGUUCAAAGAUAAAGAUCUGCGUUGAAAGAUCACGGUCAGUAUU